AUGACCACCGCAAACAGUUCCGGCAGAGGCCUGUCCUCCCUUCUACUACAGCCCAAAAACGUGAGAGCGAAGGAGAUCGCCAGAUCCUUGAUUCCCUACACGCUCACGAAAAGACAAGAACACAAAGGACCCAAGCCUGGAAUGCCCGCUCGGGGUCUGCUCGGUCCUAGUGCGUCUCCUUCUGCCAUCAAAGCCGCAGCAAAGUCGGCUGCCCUGCAGGUGGCUAGACAAAUAGCCACCAACGACCAAGAUGAGGAGGACAUAACCCCACAGAACUACUUCUCCCUAAACGAAAGCUCCCCGCCUCUUCCCGCAGUCAUCCCAAGCUCAGACCCUGAGCCAGUAGCCCCCGCAGAGCCUCUUCUUAUCUCCCCUGCUGAUGAGCCUAGUCAGUCUGACGCCCCUCUUGACUUUUGGGGCAGCCAAGUGGGUGCCGGUGCAUGGGGGGGUCCAAAUCAGCCGCCUCUGACAGUUCCGUGGGCUUUCCCUCAGGAAUACUAUGAUGAGUCAUAUUCCCAAGAACCGAACCCUGCAUUGACAGAGGAGGGUGAAGAGCCUGGACAAUCUGCCAUGUUUGAUGGUGAAGCGUUCAUGCGGCUGCAAGGGAAAAGAAAAAGAGGCAAAGAGGAGGUGAAGUUUCUGGAGAUCAAGGGAGAGGACCAGUUCAGCAGCAACCAGCAGUGGAUGAUGAAGAGCAUGACCGAAGAGAAGCAGAACCGUCAGUCCUUCAGCAAGAAAAAGGGAGAAGGACCUACAGGACAACAGCGGCGCAAACAUCAGAUAACAUAUCUCAUUAACCAGUCUGAUUCUGAUGAUGACGAACCAGCAAAGAAGAAAGUACGACCUCAGAAUGGCUUUCGACUCAGAUGA